CCGGGGCGGGGCGGCCGCAUUCCGGGCAUAGCUGUCGGCUCGGCCGCUCCGCGACGCUCGUCUUGGUCCUGGCUGCGAUGCGCGGGCUCCUUGCAGUGGCCGUUUGCUGCUAGAUCCGUGGGACUGUAUCAUUUCUUCCCACUGGGAGCACUGGUUGCCGAUUGACCAGCCAAAGAUGAGGACAGCAGAGGAUUCCUCUGGGACAGUCCUGCACCGGCUCAUCCAGGAGCAGCUGAGAUAUGGGAACCUUACAGAGAACCGCACGCUGCUGGCGAUUCAGCAGCAGGCCCUACGUGGAGGAGGAAGCAGCAGCAGCCCUCGCUCUUCCCUGGAGAGCCUUACACAAGAAGAGAGCCAUAUGGUGCAGCAGUCUACCCGGCAGGAGCCCCAGGGCCAGGAGCACCACUCCGACCACAUCUACCUGGAGAACAACCUGUACCGGCUCUACCAGCCCCAGCACAAAGGCGAGGAGCUGCCCACCUAUGAGGAGGCCAAGGCCCACUCCCAGUACUACGCCUCACAGCGAGGGGCACAGCAGGCUGGGGUGGCCAGCUCAGGGGCUUACACCGAGACAGGCCAGCGCAGAGCUUAUGCUGCCGACAGCAGCAGCAAGCGCCAGGACGAGUCCCUGAAGGAUCUGAAGCAUGGUCACGUGAGGUCGCUGAGCGAACGCCUCAUGCAGAUGUCACUGGAGAGGAAUGGAGCCAAGGCCCAGAACCACAUGAGUUCCUCCCACAGCUAUCCCCAGCUUUCGAGGCACUACCAGCUGUCUGCUCUGAGAGGCCAGCAUGCUGAGGGGAUGGAGCCACGGGGGCCCCCUCCAGAAUACCCCUACAUUAUGCCCUCCCAGGAGCCCUCGGUCAGCUACCUGGCAGAUUCCAGGCCUUGCUCCAGGGAUGGCCCAGGGUAUCAGCACCCUGAAGUCAGGGUGAUGCAGGCCCACCUGCCCCAGGCUUUCCUGCCACAGCAGGCUUCGCUGUGCCAUAGUCCACUGGGGUCUCUCACUCCAGUUGGGAUGGAGGCCUUGAUGACAGCCCAAGCUGCUUCUGCUAGUAGCCACUUGGCCCAGAUGGAGACUGUGCUGAGAGAGAAUGAGAAGCUGCUGAGAGAGAAUGAGAAGCUACGGAGGGAGCUUGAGAGCUACAGCGAGAAAGCAAGCCGCAUCCAGAAGCUGGAGACAGAGAUUCAGCGGAUCUCGGAGGACUAUGAGAACCUGAUGAAGGCUUCUUCCAAGCGAGAAGCAUUGGAGAAAACCAUGAGGAACAAGAAGGAUGGGGAGAUGCGUCGGCUUCAAGAUUUCAACCGGGAUCUGAAAGAACGAUUGGAAUCUGCAAACAAACAGCUGGCCAGCAAGAACCAGGAGAACCAAGAAGGCAACCAAGGGACUGUCGCAAAACUCCUGGCGCAAAACUACGAGCACCAGCAGGAGAAGGAGAAGCUGGAGCGGGAGAUUUUGCUGCUGCGCAGCGCCAAUGAGGACCAGCGCCGGCGGGCAGAGCUGCUGGAGCAAGCGCUGAGCAAUGCUCAGGCACGAGCUGCCAAGACCGAGGAUGAGCUGAGGAAGAAGAGGGCAUAUGUGGAGAAGGUGGAGAGGCUGCAGCAGGCCUUGGGCCAGCUCCAGGCUGCCUGUGAGAAGCGGGAGCAGCUGGAACUGCGUCUCCGCACCCGCCUGGAGCAGGAGCUGAAGAUGCUGCGGGCUCAGCAGAGGCAAGUGGGAGCCACAAGUGGAGGAUCCCCUGAGCUGAGUGCCCAGGUGCUCUCGGAGCAGGUGAGGGAGAAGGAGGAGAAGAUCCUAGCCCUGGAGGCAGACAUGACCAAGUGGGAGCAGAAGUACCUGGAGGAGUGCACCAUGAGGCAGUUUGCCAUGGACGCUGCUGCCACUGCUGCUGCGCAGCGGGACACCACAAUCAUCAACCACUCCCCGCGCCACUCCCCCAACAACAGCUUUGACGAGGAUCUCUUGUUGGCCAACCACAAGCACCAAGAGAUGGAGAACAGGUUAAAAGCCCUUCAUGCCCAAAUCCUGGAGAAGGAUGCAGUCAUCAAAGUCCUGCAGCAGCGCUCAAGAAAGGACCCCAGCAAGGCUCUGCAGGGCGCCCUGAGGCCAGCCAAAUCUGUGCCAUCCAUCUUUGCGGCCUCUGGAGCCCAGUGCUGGCAAGGCAAUACUCACAGUGAGCGGCUGAAUGAAACUACUUCCAGAGGGAGUCCAGCAGGCAAGGCUCCCAUGGAAGAGACGCCUGCCCCGCCUCCCUGCGGCCCUCUCCCCUUCCACCCCAAGCAUGGCAGCAAAGAUGGGAGCACACAGACAGAUGGUGUGUCGGAGAGCAGCCUGGGCACUCAGGGCGAUGGGCCCGAACCCCAGCGCGACGGCAGCAACUGUGCAGCCAACUCAUUGGAGACCUUCGCUGCUGCCAGAACCCUUGACCUGUCGGACAUGGUAGAAAUUUUGAUUUAAGGGAGGGCAGGUUCUGGCCACCGUCCUCUCUGCCCCUGCAGGCCACGUUGGCCAUGUCGGAGGAAAGCAUCUGUUGGUGCAAGUGCCCUUCAGUUACUGGGAGUCUUGGCUGGGACUUGUUCUCCCUUGAUGGUUUUGUGGUGAGUUCAUGGAUAGAGGAGGCUGGGGGAGGGUAUGCAAGAGAGAUCACAGCAAGUCCGUGAGCCAAGGGCUGGGAGCAAAGCCGCAGCUGGUGUCCAUGUUCAUCUGUGCAUGCUGCUUACUUCCCAUCGUGGCAGAGCCGGAUCUCACCUGCCCCUUGGAAGGAAGAGCCUGCUAGAGUGCUGGGCAGUGCUGCUGAAGCUUUUGGCUUGGGAAAGACUAUUCCAAGCUUCCCUUGCCCUUGGAAAUCCCCAGGAAACGAGAAAAGAGAAGCUGAAAGUGAAGAGGUACGGAGCUCUCCUCUGCCUCUGAGCUGUGGAUGGCAGAGGAGGAUGGCAUGCUGUGGAUGGCUAGAAACUGGUACUAGAAGGACUGGUUUUGUUGGACAUGCUGGUGGCACCUGCUCCACACUUUGAAGCUACCAGGAAUAAGGAGCAUUUGAAUUCUGCUGGUGUAGAUGGAAUUCCUGCUCGUCAUCUUAUCCCCCGCUUUCCCCUUCACUUCUCUUGAAGAGGACUGGAAAUUGCUGUGGGUGAGGGGGAUGUGAGAGUUAGCAUCCUAGAGGCAUUUGGCAUUUUCCUAAGGAGAUUGUUCAGUAGCUGGGGGGAGAUGGGGAGGCAGCGCAGGGUGUGUGUCAUUGGGAAGUGUGUGAGGAAGGGGAUGUUCUCUGUAAAUAACUCCUUGUCUUGUACAAUAGAAGCAAGCCCUGUAUCUAUCAUUUCAGUUCCCUUGUUCCAUCUCUCCCCUUCUCUUUUGCUUCUCCCUCAUCUGUCUUCCAUCCAGGCCUCCAGUGCUAUGCUGUUCCUUUUCCUCCAUUUCAUGUCCUGUUUGUCUCUGAAGCUGUGUAUCUGUCCAUUGGACUCCUUUGGCUGUCCUUAUUUCCUUUGGGGCGCUUUCCCAUGGUUCCUUCAGCUGGAAUUUCCCCUCUGUUUGUUUGAAUACUCACCCUGAGCCAAGUGUCUCUGAGCAUGCAUGGAUGUUUUUAAGCUCAGGAGCCACUCUUGUGGGCAGAGGGAAGCAGAAAGCAGCUCCUCGAGUCCCAGUAGCUCCAUCAAAGUCAGUGGGGCUGUGUCAGGUGUUCCCAGGGCAAGCUGCUGCAGACCCUUUCCUGGGUGUUCAGUGCUUGUACACGGCUUGAGGAAUGUUCACAUGACUGCAAGUGGGCACUGCUCCAGAGGGUCAGGGAUGGUAAGAGGGAGUCUUUGGCAAUACCAGAAGCAAUGUGUUGUGUUUCAGCUCUUCUGUUUGUAUCUGCAAAGGGAGGGAGAAGAACAGUGUUUAUCUAAAAACACAGACAAGGGGAAUGAAGGCAGAUCUGAUUGCAAUCGGAGAGGAAAAACGGCUCAGAGUCCGGUGUGGGAGUCCAGUCCCCCUUUCUUGGAUCCCUCCCAAGAUAUACUUGCCUAUCACCAUUCACAAUCCUCAUGCCCGCCCUUGUCUACUGACAGCUGGCUUCUGACAGUAGCCAAUUUGGAUUUUAAUGAGUGUUCUCAAUCCAUUAGACUCGGAAGCUUUCCACCCUUGGCCUUCAUAUAAUUUUUUUUUUUCUUUCUUCUUUAAACAUCUGCAUUUGCUGGACAACUGCACUUUUUUUAUAUAUAUUUCUCUCCUAGACAUGUAACAAAUGCAUUUGGUUCGCAUGCAUUGUUUACAACAAGGAAAACAAAACAAAAAAUAUGAAAGAGAAAAAAAACAACUUAAUAUAUUUUAUAUUGAUAUUGGUAUUUCUUUUUAAGUAUUUUUUUCGUGCUGUGAACUUUUUUUUUUCUGCCAAAGACAAUGAGGUUUUGUUUGUGCGUUUUAAGUUAUCUUAAGUAUUUAAAUGUAAACCUGGCUGUUUUGUUAUGCCACCCUAUACCGAGAUUGCUGUAGCAUUCCACUUGGUAUAACAGUAUUUUAAUAAAAAAAAUAAAUAUUGACAAA